AUGGACAACUUCACAAAGGGUAUGCACUAUGUAUAUGACGCGGCAAACAACUCGUUCGUCCCGGCACCGUCGUCGCCGGUCGACCCAUCCUCCAACACCAUGAAAGAAAUCGACGCGUCGUCCUUUGUCUCGAAUGACCAAGACACUUCAGAGGGCCAGUACUCCUCACCAAAGGACCCCUCCGACGAGCCGCGUCGUAGUAGGCACCCCGAUCGCAUUCCACGGCCCCGCAAUGCUUUCAUGAUCUUCCGCUCCGAGUUCUCCACCGGGGCUAAAAUCAAGCGCGACGUCGAGCACGACAAUCGCCAGAUCAGCAGGAUUGCCGGGCAUUGCUGGAACCAAAUGUCAGAGGCAGACAAAGAACCCUGGCGCCUCAAAGCCGAGCAGGAGAAGCUCGAGCAUAUGCGCAAGUACCCAGACUACAGGUUCACUCCUUUGGUCCGGGAGAAAAGACCACUUAAGCGCAACACAAAGAGGAAUGGCGAAGAUGACAAAGAGCGCUGCAGACGCGUCGCAGACCUGUUGCUUUCUGGGAAAGAGGGCGACGAGCUCGCCAUUGCCAUCAACAGCCCUACUACGGAGGACGAGGGCUUUCCCAACCCUUCCGGCUCUCCUCCUACCCCAGAGGCGAACUACAUCCCUCCAUUUCGCAGUCCGCUUCUCCUGCCGACCCAGGCUACUCACCACCCACUUUCCGCUUUGAAUACCCCAACAGGCCAGUCUUUACACUACAAUGCGUAUUAUCACGCACAGCAGCACACUACUGUCUUUCCAUCACACUACGCGUCUGUGAAGACUGAAAGCGCCUUCGCAUAUUCCAGCCGCCCACCGUACCCGGAAACGCCACACUACGCACGCUCACCGUAUUCCCUUUCACCCGCGGAAUAUUCUCAUUCCCCGACUGCAUAUCCUCCGUCUUCGCAGUACGCACCCAAUCUUCCUGUCCCGCCCCAACCACCGCGCUAUCCCGAGUCCCCAACCUACUACCAAUCGGCGUCCUAUCCUGCUUCACCGACCGGCACCUCGCCCACGACAUAUUAUAACAGCCAAUCGGUACAGAUGGCGUCGAGCUCAACUGUGAAUGUUUCCCAGCCGUACACCCUCCAGUCUACCCCCAAUGUGACUGACGACCAGAGGUCUUCCCAUAUCGUCUUCAGCAACCCGUUCGAACCUCAGCAGCAUACUCCUCGACCACGACCUCGUCUUAAUUUGGCGAUCAGUCCUCUUGAUCCUCUUCACCUUGAUUUACCCAUGUAUUACUCGAACUACUAA